UACUGUCUAGUUGGGGUUGUGACAUUUCUUUAGUUCCCGGUGAUUCUUGGAGCGAUAACGACCGAAAACAUAAGUUUAUGUGACACUUCAAACUGGUAUAAUUUCAAUUUGCAUUUCGACAACACACCUUGAAUGGACGUGACAAUCCGACAGGAGAUUAAAAACUUAAAUGCAAUAACUGUGAGUGUUAUCGGCGAGGGACAGCCUGAGAUCACCGCAAUAAAUCAAUAUAUCCGGACACAAGCUAUGUGGGAAGGAAGUUCACAAUCUUACCUGGCCCUAAAUAUGUUAUAACGCUGCGUUAUCACAAAAGCGAUUUAGACUCACAUGUCCCCACACCUGACUUAAUACUUACCCAAGACUGACGCUUUACACAUUCGACAAACUGACUGACACAGACGAAAAGUAAUCUUCGAAGUAAUUAUUCAACACGAAAACCAUUAUCAUGGUAUUUGAUGACAUUAUCAAAGAGUUGGGCGAGUUUGGCCCUUACCAGCGCCGCCUUCUUGCCCUUGUGCUGUUUCCUCAGAUUUUAUUUGCGCUACAACAGAUGGUUCCAGUAUUCAUCUUGUCCGAACACUCCCACAGGUGCAGUGUACCUUACGACAAUGGGACAUCCAAUCUGUCCAGUCCGGUAUUGGUCCAGUCUGUGUCCAAGUGUGACGUCACCCUUUACUACAAUGACACGAAUACCACACAGACAGAGACGUGCUCCUCAUGGGAGUAUGAUUCUGACCGACUUACCAGUUCACCGAUAUCGGAUUUUGACCUGGUAUGUGAGGAUAAGAUUCUACGGACCCACGCUAGCAUGGCCUUCCUGGGCGGUAACCUAGCAGGGGCGCUUGUCCUUGGGCUCGUCGGCGAUACAUUCGGUCGAAAACCAGUGGCCUGUUUCAGCAUCAUAUUCUUGGUGUUUUCAUCAAUAGCGUGCAUAUGGUCAAACGGCUUUUAUAUGUACGUCAUCAUGAGGUUCUUGUCUGGAACUGGGAGUAACAUAGCGUGUAUCAAAAUCAUAGCUAUUGAGAUGGUCGGUCCGUCCUGGAGAGCGUUGGCGGGUAUUUCCACAGAGAUCGCGUUCUGUGUAGGAGAGGUUAUCCUGUGUGGACUGGCCUACUACAUUCGCGAUUGGAGAUAUCUACAGCUUGCGAUCUCCGCCCCUGGGGUCAUCCUCCUCCUCUAUUGGUUUGUUCUUCCAGAAUCAACGCGGUGGUUAUUGGCACGUGGUAAAACGGAGGAAGCUAACGAAACACUCCGAAAAAUAGCCAAAGUUAACAAACGCCAAGUUCCUAAACAUAUCGAUACCAGACCACCGAACGAAAAGAAACACGCUGGAUUCAAAGAUAUAGCGCCAUUGUUCCGUUCCCGGAAACACUUUAUCCGAUGGCUCAUCAACAUGGCUCUGUGGUUUGUACUAGCCACGUCUUAUUAUGGACUCACCUUCAAUGUUGGAAAACUUGGUGGAAAUGUGUAUUUGAACUUCCUCAUAUUCGCUGUGGUGGAAUCCGUCGGUGCCAUUAUAACACUUUAUCUCAACAAUCGCUUCGGCCGGAAACUUCUCAACAGUGUGGCCUUGUUUACCACGUGUCUUCUCUCCAUAUUGUCAUUGGUGGCCUCGAUAUACAUCGAGGACGAGACUACGCGGAGAUGGAUUCUGAUUGGCUCGGCGACGGUCGGACGGAUGAGUGUUUCCGGGGACUUCGCCAACGUGUUCAUCUAUACUAGUGAGAUGUUUCCUACCUCCAUCAGGAGUUUUGCAGUUGCCACGGCAAAUGUGUCGGGAAUGAUUGGUGCCACUGUAGCGCCAUACAUCGCCGACUUGGGACAACUGGUUGAUACCAGAUUCGGAACUGCACUACCAUACGUAGUAUUUGGAGCACUAGCCUUGAUAGCUGGAGUGAUUUCCCUUGUUUUACCGGAAACUCUUCAUAAAAAGCUUCCAGAAGACGUGAAUGACAUUAAGAUCAGUGUAACUCACAAUUCAAAGCAUCUCGCAGCCGUCCAACUCAGUGACACUAACGUGCCGACAGACCUCGCGAUGGUGGGGCUAGGUUCUAACAGCUGUUCACCCUAACAUAAUGUUACUCUAGUAACGACCGCACAUUUAUUAGGUACAUGUAUUUUAUAUACAAACGUUCUAGGUAGCAUACGAUAUACAUGUUAUUUUGUACAUAUGUAUCAUACUGACAAAAUUGAACAUUUCAUUUCAGGAUAUUUAUAAUUCAUAUCUCAGAUGCAAUAUAUGUACUAUGUGUUGUUAUAUAUAUAUAUUGUUUUUAGUUUGUUUCUACCAUUAAACUGUUAUCUUCUUUCAA